AUGAGUGGUGAAUCAAGAACCGAGUUGCUCGCAUGGAUCAACGAUUUGUUGCAAAUAAACUAUACAAAGAUCGAACAAAUGGGGACAGGCGCCGCUCAUUGUCAGAUUUUUGACUCGAUAUUCGGCGAUGUUCAAAUGAACAAAGUAAAAUUCGUGGCAAAACAUGAGUAUGAAUAUGUGGCAAAUUUCAAAGUGCUGCAAAAUGCAUUUGAUAAACACAAAAUCGACAAGAUGGUCCCAGUUGAACGUCUCGUUAAAUGCAAAUUCCAAGAUAAUCUUGAAUUCUUACAAUGGGUGAAGAAAUAUUGGGACACCUUUUAUCCCGGUGGUCCUUAUGAUGCACUUGCUAGAAGAGGUCCUGGAAAUAAUCCUUCCAAAACUGUCACUGGUAGUGCAGGUACCUCAAGGGUAGCCCCAAAGAGAGCAACUGCUGCUGCCGGUGGUGCCGCUCAUCAUGCCGUUAGCGCCGUUGGUGCUUCAAGUAGUUUUGAUCAAGUUCAAAUUCUGGAACUGAAUAAACAAGUUGAAGAAUUGAAAGUCACGGUUGACGGACUUGAAAAAGAGCGCGACUUUUAUUUUGGAAAAUUGCGCGACAUUGAAAUUCUUGUGCAACAAUCGAUCGAAGAAGCACCAGACAAUCAACUAUUGAAAGAGAUUCAAGCUAUUCUGUACAGUACAGAGGAUGGUUUCGAAGUUCCACCAGAAGGUGCUGCUCCGGCCGAGGGAGAAUAUGAAGACGAAACAUUCUAA